AUGUUUAGUGCACAUGAAAAGUUUAAGUCUUUAGCUCCUGAAAAAGUGGGACAUAAUAAAAAUGCAAAAUUAGCAUUAAACAAGGUCCUUAAGCUACCUGAAUUAGCAGCUAAUCCUUUUGGUGAACGUAUGUGUCAAGUAUUCAGUUCUAGUCAAGAUGGGGAUUGUACAUUUGAAGAUUUUUUAGAUAUGAUGUCAGUAUUUAGUACUAUGGCACCUGCAGAUGUAAAGGCUGAACAUGUCUUUAGAAUUUUUGAUUUUGAUGGUGAUGACAUGUUGGGUGUUGGAGAUAUAAAAAAAGUAAUUCAAUGUUUAAUCGGAGAACAAAAUGUCUUUAAUGAUAAUGAUCUUAAACGUUUGGUACAUAAAAUAUUUGAAGAAGUAGAUUUUGAUGACGACGGCGCUCUUUCAUUUUCUGAAUUUGAACACGUAACUGACAUGUGUCCAGAUUUUGUUAAGUCAGUAUAUAUUUGUUAUUGUAUUAUCAUUGCUUGUUUGUUCUUCAUUGGUUUUAAUUAG